ACAUCUACUCUACAAUGGAAAAAAUACAAUGCAGGCUUGGGGCUUAAUUGUGCUUCUUAUAUCCAAGGCCGCUGGCCAUGCGCCUUCGGUGCCGGACAUGGAACAGGAUAAAAGCGCAGGUGUGCUGCAUUCUCAACGCGCUCUGGCUGAAGUUACGGAGAUGAUUAGAAUUUCGCAUUUGGUGCACAAUAGUUUAGUAAAUUUACAACCUUCGUCGGAGGCUGGAAAGGAUACAGCGACUUAUGAGGAUAUGGCGUUUGGUAACAAAAUAGGUUUACUGACUGGGGACUAUUUGCUUGGUCAUUCUAGCGCUGAAUUAGCUAAUCUACGCAAUCAAGAAGUAGUGGAGUUGAUUUCAUCAGCUGUACGAGAUUUUUCAGAGUCUCAAUUUGUUGGAGAACGUGAUGAGCAAAAUAAUCCAUUGCCUUGUAAGCCGGGAUCUGAAACGCUAAAAACCAAUGGUACUGCUACAACAGAAAGCAUUGAUUUCGAUGUAAACGAUGUUAUGAUACCUAUGAAUAUCUCAAAAGUCAUGGGCAUACCCGAAAAAGAGUGGGAAUGCCGCAAUAUAUUAAACGCUGGUAGUUUGCUAGGCAAAGCAUGCCAGGGUGCCUUAAAAUUAGCUGGGCAAAGCGAAGAUAUGCAGCGUCAAGCUUAUUUGUUCGGUAAGCAUUUGUCGUUGGCAUGGCAAGCAUGCUUGGAUGCAGAGCCAUUUCAAAGUAGUACUCUGCCAAUAGAUACUCCAUUUAGCUUGGUAAGUGCGCCGGUACUAUUUCAUCUCGAAUAUGAUUCUUCAUUAUAUGAUGAAAUAGAAAAAGGUCGAGUAUCGGUUGAAAAUAUCGACUAUGCUAAGAUACACAAAGCAAUCCUAUCUGGGCCAGGUUUGGAAAAGACCAAGGCCUUGCAACGCAAGCACACGACGGCUGCAAUGGAAGUGCUUGAAAAAUUUCCUCCUACUGAUGCACGCACAGCCCUCGAAAACAUUAUUCUAGCAAUGCAGGAUUUGUAAGAUAUUUGUAGGCAGUCGGAAAAAACAAUCAAUUUUUAUCACAAAUUUUUGUGGUUUAUUAAACUAUUAUUCGGGUUAUUGUUUCAACUAUUUGUAUUGCUACUACGUACAUGUUAAGCUAAUAAAUACUUAUUUUUUUAAUUUUACUUA